AUGUCGUUGUCCCUGAAAGCCGUUAGUGCGGAUGGGUACUAUCAGCCAGCCGAUUUUGAUGCGAGCAAGCAUGGGACUUUGAAUCGGAUCAACAAAACACAUCGCCUAGGACGAAGGAAGCGGCCGGAUGGGACUGUGGUAGUCCGGUUUGAGAUGCCAUACAAAGUGUGGUGUCUGAAUUGUAACGAGAUCUUGGCGAAAGGAGUUCGGUUCGAUGCUCGGAAAAAGCAAGCUGGGUCGCUGGGACCGGGUUGCCCGAUCUUCGAGUUCUACAUGACAUGUCUCUUUUGCAAGAAUCCUAUCACCAUCAAGACGGAUCCGGAAAGUACCGAAUAUAUCUGCGUGGAGGGUUGCCGACCCCGAAUCGAACAUUGGUCGGAACGAGCGGAAGAGGAGGAAACGAUCCAUGACGCUACCGGCUGCGCACCCACAAGCCCCGAGCCCGAAUCUCACCGGGGGACUACCGUAGAUGACCAUCGGGACGUUGAUUCUCGGGACGUUGAUUCUCGGGACGUUUAUUCUCGGGACGUUGAUUCUCGGGACGUUGAUUCUCGGGACGUUUAUCCGCACGUUUACCGCCAAGUCGAUUUCAGGUCAGUGGCGGAGUUGAAGGAACUCGAUGACAACCCUCUAAUUAGGAGACAAGUGCGCAAACAUGAUCAAGAUCGACAUCGAAAUAACUUCGAAAGAUUACGAUCCAUAAAACUUCUGAGCGAUCGCGCUGGCCAGGACGAUGCUCUAAACAACGCGGCACUGAGAAAUGCCUAUAGAACAAAAGGCGGACUGACCACGACUGCGGAAGACAACGCCUUGGUGAAAGACAAAGUCUUGGCGGGACGCGGGUCCAAAGCGGGAGCCUUCAACCCGAACUUCGUCCUACCUGUCCUAGCACUGACAGAAAACGAACAAGCAGCCGCCAGAGCCACCUUGGACAAAUACAGAUCUAAAAAACCGCCCAAAGAUCGAGUAAAGACCUUAAAAUCAAAACUCAAAAAACAUCUAGCAAUGUGA